AUGCCCCGGUCAUUUCUUGUGGACUCGUUGAUUUUGCGUGAGGCCAGCGAGAAAGGGAGCGAGAACAACCCGCCACCGCCGCUACUGCCGUACACGGUGCAUCCACCUCACGCGCUCCACGGGCUGUCGGCGGCGGCGGCGGCGGCGGCCGCCGCGUCGUGCCACGCGCGCAAAGCUGGCUUGCUGUGCUUCUGUCCGCUGUGCAUGGCAGCCGCGGCGUCGCAGCAGCUCCACCCGGCUCCCCCGGCGCUCCCGCUGCUCAAGGCGGCGGCCGCGUUCCCGGCGGCUUUCGGCUCGCAGUGCUGCCCUUCCGCGCUCUCGCGGCAACACUCGCCCUCCAGCGGCGUGCACGUGAACCACGGCGCGGGACUUUACCAGAGCGCGUACCCGGUCGCGGACCCGCGGCAGUUCCACUGCAUGUCGCUCGAAAACAGCAACAGCCAACUCCAGAGCAGCAAGCGCAUGCGCACAGCGUUUACUAGCACGCAGCUCCUGGAGCUAGAACGCGAGUUCACCUCCAACAUGUACCUGUCUAGACUGCGGCGCAUUGAGAUCGCCACCUACCUGAACCUGUCUGAGAAACAGGUCAAGAUCUGGUUCCAGAACCGACGCGUCAAGCACAAGAAAGAAGGCAAGGGAGGUUCCCACAGAACAGGUUCUCUGCAUUGUAAGUGUUCAUCUGCACGCUGCUCUGAAGAAGAGGAUGACACACCCAUGUCACCUUCAUCAUCAGGGAAGGAGGACGCUGAUCUCUCUGUUAGCCCAUGA